CAUCCACUCCGAGCUGAAGUUACAGUAAAGGCAGAAGGCCAGGAGCUCAUCUUGGAACUGGAGAAAAAUAGAAACCUCUUUGCACCAGGCUAUGCUGAGACUCAUUACAGCCAGACUGGACAAGCUCAGACCAUCCCUCUGACCCACACGGACCACUGCUUUUACCACGGGGUUGUGCGGGGCUGGGAGCACUCCAGUGUCACACUGAGCACCUGCCGAGGGCUGCGUGGACUUAUCGUAUUGAGCAGCAAUUCCAGCUAUAUCUUGGAGCCAGCCCCUGACAGCCCAAACCAGCACUUGAUUUACAGGGCAGACAACUUGAGGCUGCAGAGAGGAGCCUGUGGCUACCAGGGCACUGGAGAUGCAGCUGAAGACUGGCUCAGGGACUUCACAAUGGGGAUGAAACCACCAGGCCAGAGGGUGAAACGGGAGACUCUGCAGGCUACAAAGUACGUGGAGCUCCUGCUCGUGGCUGAUUAUGCAGAGUUUCAGAAGCAUCACUUCAACAUUGAAGCAACAAGGCUUAAAUUAGUGGAAGCUGCUAAUUACGUAGAUAAGUUUUACAGAUCCAUGAAUAUUCGCAUUGCCUUAGUGGGGCUGGAAAUCUGGAGUAACUGGAAUAAAUGUGAUAUAACUGAGAAUCCCUACUCCACCCUGAAGUCCUUUCUGGCCUGGAGUAGCAAGGAGAGGUUGCACAGAAAACACGAUAAUGCCCAACUAAUCACGGGUGUGCCCUUCCAAGGUACCACGGUAGGCUUGGCUCCCGUGAUGGCCAUGUGCUCUGAUUUCCAGUCAGGAGGAGUAAACAUGGAUCACUCUGAAAAUGCCAUUGGUGUUGCUGCUACCAUUGCCCAUGAGAUGGGACACAAUUUUGGCAUGAAUCACGAUUCAGCUGGUUGCUGUACUACCCCUGCAGCAGAUGGAGGCUGCAUCAUGGCCUCUGCAACUGGGCACCCAUUCCCCAAGGUGUUCAACCAGUGCAACAGACAAGAGCUGGAGAAGUAUCUGCAGUCUGGUGGAGGGAUGUGUCUCUCCAAUAUGCCAGAUACCAGAAAAAUGUAUGGUGGAAGAAAAUGUGGAAAUGGCUACUUGGAAGAGGGAGAGGAGUGUGACUGUGGAGAGGUGGAGGAGUGCAAUAACCCCUGCUGUGACCCCAGCACCUGCUCCCUGAGGCCAGGGGCUGAAUGUGCUCAUGGCAGCUGCUGUCAUCAGUGCAAGCUGAUGUCUCCAGGAACUCCCUGCAGGGAAAGGUCAGGACUCUGUGACCUCCCAGAAUACUGCUCUGGAGAGUCACCAUUUUGCCCCCCCAACUCUUACCAAAUCGAUGGAGCUCCUUGUGAUGGAGGAAGAGCUUAUUGCUACAGCGGCAUGUGCCUCACAUACAGGGACCAGUGUGUGCAGCUCUGGGGGCCUGGAGCACGGCCAGCACCAGAUGCCUGCUUUGAGAAGGUCAAUGCUGCUGGAGACAUCUACGGGAACUGUGGGAAGGACAUCUAUGGCAGCUACAGGAAGUGUGAGAUGAGAGAUGCUAAAUGUGGGAAGAUCCAGUGCCAAAGCUCAGCUUCCAAACCCCUGCAGUCCAAUGCAGUGCCCAUAGACACAACUGUGAACAUGCAGAGGUGCCGAGGGACCCACGUGUACAGAUCUGAGACUGAAGAUAAGGAGAUGCUGGAUCCUGGCUUGGUGUUGACGGGAACAAAAUGUGGGAGCCAUCAUGUCUGCUUUGAGGGACGCUGCCAGAACACAUCCAUCAUCUUCGAUUCUGAAAACUGCAGCAAGAAGUGCCAUGGGCAUGGAGUCUGCAAUAACAACAAGAACUGCCACUGUGACCAAGGGUGGGCCCCCCCAUUUUGCAACAAGCAGGGGACAGGAGGAAGCUUGGACAGUGGUCCUCCUAUGCCUGGCUCUUCAGCAGUUGUGAUAGCUCUUGCAAUCCUGGCUUCCAUUCUCGUCCUCAUUGGAAUCAUGUUUUUAUUCUAUUAUCUGAAAUGCUGGAAUAAAUUUACCAUCUGUUCUCUAAAAAAGACACCGCAGUUCAGUGACACCUCUGGAACUGGGCAUGCAAACCCUGCCUUCAAGUUGAGGACUCCCCAGCAGCAGAGGAAGGUGAUUGGCUUCCCUGAAAUCCCACCAAAACCUCCUUCCCAGCAAGCUCCAGGGCUCCAAAUAACCAGGCAGCAGCCAUCCACCUUCUCCACCAGCUGUGGCACGGGGCAGCACAUGGGGCCAGCACAGCCAGUGCCUCCAAAAGACAUUGCCCGGCGAACACCCCCGAGCAGGCCAGCACCUCCAGCUCCCAAAGCCCCCAUCUCUCAGGAUAUUUCAAGGCCGAGGCCACCCCAAAGAGCUUUGCCAGCUGAUCCUGUUCCAUCUAGAGCCAGAGCCUGGCCAGGAACCAGCCCUGCUGUCCCACUGCCUCCUGUACACACCAGAACCCCAGGAAGGUUCCAGCCUGUGGCAGAGAACACUGGUGUCCGGAUAGCUGCAGCAGUGAACCGUUUGCAAGUGGGACAGCCAAGCUCCCGUGGGCACUCCUAG